UCUCUUGUCAAACGCUACCUGGCAACACUGAUUUAAUUAACAAAAGAAAAACUGCAAUUUUUUUUAAAUUACGGCGAGCGAGAUUAGAUUUUUUCGUUCGCAGUCCCAAAUCGCGACCUCCGCCAUUCCGCUGUCCUACAACGGAGGAGCGCCAGUCCCGGAGUCCGCGCCGAAGAGCGACCCAGAGCCGCAGCAUUGCCUUGCCCCACACACACAGCUUUCCCCCCGAAAAGCAGAGCGAAACCGCCCCGCCCCCGCCUGCUUGCCCAGCCCCUCCUGCCCUUCAGCCAUCAUCCAGUCAUCCAGCUCUGAGUAUCCCCUGUCCGGGGGCUUAAUCAGCAAAGAAAACAAACGAAACGCAACGCAGCGCCUUGCGGGGAGAGCAGGCAGCCUCCUGUGAGUAAGCGGAAGCAGCCAGCACAAGAACAAGCACUUGCCGAGGCAGAGGCACUGCUGAAGUCUGAGCAACGUGGAUCCAUAUCCAUCCGGCAGCUGAGAGAUGCAGCAUAGGCCACCAUGGGUUCGCAGACCUUGGAGAUACUGCGCCAGGGCGUGUGGGCCUCGCUGACCGGCGGCUACUUCUACGAUCCGCAUCAGGGUGUCUUCUGCAACGUGGUGCACCUGUACCUAUGGCUCUACCUGCUCUGUUCGCCCUUCGUGGCCUACCUGUAUUUCCCAAGCACUUGGCUGACAUGGUGCCUGUACUGCGUGCUCACCAGCCUCACCAUUUUGAUGGUGAAACUGGCCAACCUGGCACUGCAUCGGCUGUACGAUCGCGCCCAGACCAUGUCCGAUGUGAACCUCAAGGGGCAGUUCUUCAAGGUCACCAAGGAGACGGAGCCCAGGCAUGACGACGAGGGCGGCAUCGAGAUGAAGGUCAUUCGGCCGGGCGGCUCUCGCAUUUCCGUGGAGCAGGCCAUCAACGAGGCAAGCGAGGAGAACAGCAUGAUGUCCAUUGACAAUGUGAACAGUAUAAUUGAUCUCAAGGUCGAUGUGCAUCGUAAAAACAGCUCGGAGUCCAUCGAGCUCAUGUUCUAUGCCCCCUCUAUGCUGUCCGGCGGCAUCCAACAGGAUCAGCAGUCCCUGGCAGGUUCUGCCAGUGUGAGCAAGUCCAUACGGAGCACGGGUGGAGCCGUGGGCGGAGGCGGUGCCAGCUCAUCCAACAGUGCUGCCGCCCAGGCGGAGCUCUUCAACAAGUACCUCACCGUCUAUCCGGAGCUGGUGGAGGCACCCGGCAGCAGUGCGGGCAGCGCCGACGGCGGCAGCAGUGGCGGCGACAGCAGAUCCGGGCCAGCACUGGCAGGAGUGGGUCCAGUGCAGCAUGUAAGAACCGGGCAUUUAUCACGCAAGUGCUCCGAGGUAUUCAGCCGCCGCCACCGACGACGUUUGGAGCGACAGAGCAGCUUGGACACUGCCGCGGCGGCGGCAGCAGCAGCAUCUGGUGCCGGUGGUGAGCAUAAAUUGAUGCGUAACCAGUCGGACACGAUAGCCACGGCGGCGCCGUCGUUCCUGCACUCCCAGCCAACGAAUAAGGCGCGCAACCAGGCGAAUCCCCGCCAGCAUUUUAUAGCCAGCACACCAGCCACGGCGGGAAUGGGAAUGGGAGAUGCUUCCUCCUCCACUGCGGUGGUGGUGAUUGCACCCGCCUCGAGUUCCACCUCCUCAGCGAAUCCCGGACGCUCGUCGCGUCUGCAGCGGCACCGCAGCUCCGAGACGCACGACGAGCGGUUGAAGCAUCAGAACCGCGGUGGCCUCUUCCAGCCGAUCCUGCAUCAUCCCCACCAGAGUGCAGCCAGCAGCAUUGGAGCGCUGGCGGUGAUUGGAGGCGGCAGUGGCAGCGGCAGCGGCUGUGGCAGUGGCGGUGCCAACGACGUGGAGGACAUGGAGUUGGGUCUGGCCAGGAAUGCGGGAAGCGGUGGAGUGGCUGAUGCCUGCACCCGGGCCCUGCAGUCCUGGAUACUAGAUUCCUCGUCGGAUGUGUACUUGGAGGACGAUAGCUACACCAAAUCGGAUCUGGGCAUUGAGCAGCCGCAUCAGCCGGCUUUCCGUGCCCAGCAUCACCAUCAUCAUCACCACCACCACCACCACCUGCACCAUCACCUGGGCGGCGCCAUCAUCCGCAAGGAUCCCACCAGCACCAUGUCGGCGCUCCAGCUGGCCGGCGGCGGUCCGCUUCAGGGAGCAGGAGGCGGAUUGGGGGCCAGCGGUAGUGGAACCGGAACGGGAUCAGGAGCCGGAGCCGGAGCAGGCAGCUCUGCUGCGGGCAUGAAACGACGCAGACAUUCCAAUGCCACCAGCUACCACAAGCAGGGCAGCUCGUCGGGUCAGGGAAUCAAAUCCUCCCUGAUGGGUGGCAGCAGCAGUGGAGCCAGCGGCACUGCCAGCGGAGGAGUGGGCCUAGUGAACGGCAGCGGAGGAACUGGCGGCGGCGGAGUGAGACGCAUCAAGAGCGCCGCUUUGGAAGUGCUCUGCCCGCAGCCAUCAGUCUCCAAUCUCAGUCCGCAUCCGAACAGCGUGGAGGCCAUAUCGGGGCAACAACAGUUGCGGAAUCCCCUGCCGCCGCCCAGUAAGAGUCUGGUGCGGAACCAGCACCUCAACUUGUUUUCCACGCAGGGCUACGGAGAAGCAAACAGCUCAGGCGGCGGCGGCGGAGCUCCUGGAGCUGGCAGCACUUGCAGCAGUCUGUUCUUUGGCAGCUCCAGCGCCUGCGGCUCCACCACGGCCCUUAUAGAGCCCCCGGUGUACCCCAUAGUGGAGCACUCGGACGAGAAGACAUCGCACGAGGCCUCCGAGCACGACAUCUGCCUGGGCAUUGGCCAGGGCAACGCCGACGAUGACGACGAGGUGGACGAUGUUCCUAUACGCAGGAGGACGCGAGCCCUGGGCUGCAGCCAGACGCACCAUAGCGCCGAGUCGGAUGUGGGCGGCAUUCUGGCGGACGACGACGACGAUGUGUUCAAAGAUUUCGACGACAACCUGGAGCACAUCCUCAACGAGCUGCAGCAGACGCACAGCCAGCUGGACGACGUCCUCAAGACCCGGGAUCUGCUGCGCCAUCCUCAUCUCCAGAACCAGCACAAAGCGGCGGCGGUGGCUGGAACGGGAACGGGAAGAGCUACAGGUGGAGCGGCGACUAAUGGCAACGAUGAUGACGACGAGGAGACGGAAGACAACAACACCGGCUCCAGGUCGCCCCUGCUCAGCGAUCGCAAUCGCCAGCAGGCCACGCUGCGGGAGAUCCAGGCGGAUAAGCAGCUGCGCCAGGAGCUGGCGCACCCAUCUGGAGCAGUCCCUGCUGCUCCUGUUCCUGUCCCCGCCCCCAUACGCAGCGAGGCGGAUUCGGGCUGUCCCUCAAGCGACUGCGAACAGGUGAGUGCCAGUUCCAAGGACCAGCUGCUGGCGGGCAUGGAGCCGGAGCACCAGCAGCAGCAGCAGCAGCAGCCGCCGCCCAGGUCCAUGCUAGAUGAGGAGCAACCCUGCACAUCGAAAAUGGCAGCCAAGAGCCUGGGAGCCAUUCCCAAGGUGGUGAAAUACCGCGAAGUGGACGAGCUGCGGCGGCGCAGGCGGGGUGGAUCCCCGGCAGACGCCGGCGAUGUCAACAACGAGUUCGCCCUGGUCAAGCAGUCGAAGUUGGCCUCGCGCAACUCCUCCUCCUCGAACUCCACGCACAGCAUCAGCCUGACGGACAGCCUGACGGCGGAUAUCCACAAGAUGCUCUGGCUGAUGCACGGCGGGGCUGUGGACGAGCGGGGACGUCCGAUUGCCGGGAUUUCGGCGGAUGGCACCCCCAUACCGGCGAGCAGCAGUUUGGUGCCUCCGAACAUGUCCAAUGCCCACUACCAGUUCUACCAGGAUGCCAUCCAGGCCCUGCAGUGCGCCCAUCCCUCCUCCUCCUCCACUGUGGAGCACAUGACCAACAUCGAAAGGGCUCUGGCCCGGGACAAGCUGCGCCUGGACGCCAAGCUAAUGUGCGAGCAGCUGGCAGCGGCAGCCGAAGCCAAUUCCAGAUGCCCCUCGCUGGCGACACAGCAGCAGACGCAACAGCAGGUGGGCAUGCUGAUGGGCGGGCGGCACAACUCCUCCGCCUCCUCCGGCGGAGCGCCCUUCUCCUUUCAGGGACUGUUCAAUGUCAUCCGCAACGAGCGGCAGAUGGCGCGUAGUCAUCUGGAUGCCCUUCAGCAGCUUAGCGAUGCUGCGGCGGCUGUGGCGGCGAGCAACAGCGAGGUGGCCUCUGGAUCGGCCUCGGGCAUGGGCAUGGGAUUAGGCGGAACUGCCGGAGGAGGAGGAGUAUCCAACAGCGGCGGCGGUGGAGGAGGAGGAGUGCUGAGCGCCUUAGGACUGGCCAACCAUCCCAGCAACCAAAUCAGCCAGAUCAGCCAGAUCUCACAGCCCAUGCUCAAUGUGGACGGACACUUUGCUCCCUACUGCGACUACUGGAGGCCGGCCUGCCAUCUGACCGCGGCGGAGAAGCCGGCGGCGCCCAAGAGCUUCUACAAGUACCGCUUCAAGUGGUGCGGCCAGGAGCAUGAGUUCAAGAUCUCGAUGGACCGCCUGGAACUGCUGGCCCUGUUCGACCGGGAUCUCCACUGGCUGCACGUGCUCCUGGCCAGCCUGCUGUGCACCAUGGUGGCCUGCCUGGGUGCGGCUAUCCUGCAGCAUGACCACUACAAGGAUCUGUGCGCCCUUCUUUUCUGCGCGGUGAUUGCCGGGGCACAGUACUCACUGGUGAAGAGCGUCCAGCCAGAUGCAGCGUCGCCGGUGCAUGGUUUCAACAAGACGGUGGCCUACUCCCGUGCCAUAUACUUCUGUUUGGGCGGCGGCCUGCUGCUCCUGCUGAAGCGCCUGGACAUGGACUACGGAGAACGGCCGCCGGAUUUGGUGAUCUUCUUUGGCAUGCGCUACUCCCCCGCCGAUGUGGUGGCCCUGCUGCUGCAGGCGCUUUACAUCCUGCUGCUGUGCUUCCCCAUCAUCUUCUCGGUGGGCCUGUGCCCGCAGAUUAACACGUUCCUCAUGUACCUGCUCGAGCAGGUGGAUAUGCAUGUCUUUGGCGGAAAUGCGGCCAGCAGUCUGUUGGGUUCCUUUCUCUGCGUGCUGCGCUCGGUUCUGGCCGUGAUGCUGCUGUACGGCCCGCUCUAUGGUGCCCUGGACGAGCAGCGGGGCACCCAGUACAUCCUCUUCUCCAUUUUCUGCGCCAUGCUGGUGCCGCUGGGCUAUCACCUGUCCCGUUGCGCCAGCGACUUUAGCCACCUGUGGCGGCUAAUCAAGACCUGCAUUGUGAGCACUUAUCGCGACGACGAGGACGAGGACGAUGAUCUGAGCCAUGUCCAGCCUGGCACUGCCCUCCAGCUGGCCACCAGCACACCUAAGCAGCGCCGCCACCCAGAUCUGAAAGUGCAGGCGCAGGAGCAGGAGCAAAUCGAGCUAAGCUCACUGGAGCAUGGGCUAGCGUCGUCCAACCAUGAGGAGCCCGCAGAGGACCAUCUGGAGACCGAACAGGACCUGGGGACCCUGGGGCAGAAGCACAGCAAGUCGAAGGCCUCGUCUUUGGGCAGCAGCCAGCAGACGCUGGCCAAGACCAUAAGUAGCAGCAAGCGGGCCAUUACAGCCUCCAGCUCGUAUGCCUCUAUAGGAGCCGCAGCAGGAGGAGCGGAGGCCACAACGGAGGAGCAGUCGCCAGACCUGCUGGCGGCCUAUGAGCACCAGCAGCAGCAGGCAGUCAAGGCAGUCGACGACGCAGAGGUGGAAGCGGAGACGGAGGACAGAAUCUCCAGCUCGUCGGCCACGAAUCCGGGCGAUAUGUCAACCCUGACGGCGGGAGCAGGCACAGCCACAACAGAUGCCACUCCCCCUGCCUACCUGGAGGCGGAUCCAGGGGAAAACGAGACCGGCGAGGCAACGGCCGAGGACAAAACCCAGCGGGGGAAUGGUAAUACAGGAAUGGCAGGCACGGGCACCACCGAGGUAAGUGACAAUAGCAGUGGCACUGGUCCUGGCGGAGGCGGAGGAGGUGGUGCCGCAACCAGUAACCCUAAUGCUAGUGGCAGCAGCAGCUCGAGUGACCUGCCCGAUCCACUGCCCCGUAAGCUCCAAGCCACCGUCACAACUCGACUGAAAAACGACCUGGUGGUGAUGACCCUGCUGGCGGUGAGCGUUCUGGGGCUGCACUGCAGCACUGUGUUCACCGCCCUGCAGCCGGAUCUCAAUGUGGUGCUCUACGCCUUCAUUGGAGUGCUGGGCCUGCUGCUGCACUACGCCGUGCCGCAGAUGCGGAAGCACAUGCCGUGGCUGUGCUUUGCCCGGCCGCUGUUGCGGCAGCGGGAGUUUGGCCAGUUCGAGGUGCUCAAUGCGCCGCAGAUCAUGUGGUUCGAGAAGCUGUACAUCUACCUGAGCGUGCUGGAGCGGAAUGUGCUGUUCCCGCUGCUGGCCAUAUCCUCGCUGACGGCAGACUCGCAGCUGAUUGUGGCCAAGUUUGGGCUGCCCUGGGGCAGCCUCAUAGUGGCUGUGUGCGCACUCAAGUUCGUGAGGAAUGCCUACUCGGAUCCUACCAACCAAUACCUGAUCAUCAUCUUCACGGUUUUGCUGUUCCGCAUUGACUUCUCCAUGGCCACGGAGACCUUCAUCAUUGACUACUUCUUUGUGUCGCUGGCCUUCCGCAAGUGCUGCGACUUCCUGCUGAAGCUACAAUUCAUCGUGACGUACAUUGCCCCCUGGCAAAUCACUUGGGGCUCUGCCUUCCAUGCCUUCGCCCAGCCCUUCAGCGUGCCCCACUCGGCCAUGUUGUUCCUCCAGGCGGGCAUCUCUGCCUUGCUCUCCACCCCGCUGAAUCCCUUCCUGGGCAGCGCCAUCUUCCUCACCUCGUAUGUGCGCCCCAUCAAGUUCUGGGAGCGCGACUACAACACUCGCCGGAUUGAUCACUCCAACACCAGGCUGAGCUCCCAGCUGGAGCGGGAUCUGGGGGCGGAUGACAACAACCUGAACAGCAUCUUCUACGAGCAUCUCACACGCUCCCUGCAGCACUCGCUGUGCGGGGAUCUCCUCCUGGGUCGCUGGGGGAAUGUCAAUCAGGGUGACUGUUUUGUACUCGCCUCCGACGAUCUCAACUGCCUGGUUCACAUCAUCGAGCUGGGCAACGGCCUGUGCACAUUCCAGAUGCGCGGCCUGGAGUUCCGCGGCACCUAUUGCCAGCAGCGGGAGGUGGAGGCCAUCACCGAGGAUGUGGAGGACAACGAUGGCUGCUGCUGCUGCGAUCCCGGCCAUCUGCCGCGUCUUCUCAGCGCCAAUGCCAUGUUCUCCACCCGCUGGCUGGCCUGGCAGGUGGUCGCCGCCCAGUAUGUGAUCGAGGGAUACUCCAUUUCGGACAACCUGGCCAGCGCCACGUUGCAGGUGUUUGAGUACCGCAAGGUGCUCAUCACCUACUACAUCAAGAGCAUCAUCUACUAUGUGGUGAGGAAUCCCAAGCUGGAGCAGUGGCUGGCCUCGGGGCCCAUCCAGGAGGCAUUGCAGCACACGCUGGGCCGGCAGUUCGUUGAUUUGGAUCCCAUUUUUAACUUUAACCUGGACGAGGACUUUGACUUCCGGGCGGUGGGCAUUACGCGCUCCAGCUUCUGCCAUGUGUACUUGAAGUGGAUCAACUACUGCGUGGACAUGCGACGGGAUGUGACAGCAUCAGCUCCUGGAGGAGGAGGAGGAGGUGGUGCCUCGUCUGCUCCGCCAACGGCAGUUGCUACACAGAUGCCGCCGCCGCCACCGGUCACUCCUGCCCACAAUGAUUCCAAGAGCACGCCCAAUCUCUCGGCCCAUGGAGGAUCUAGCGGGCAGACUGGCUCGGGCCAGUCCAAGUCACAGUCGCAGCAGCAGCUGCGUCGCCCGCCCAAGAGUGUGGCCCAGGAGAGCGGCACCGGGGGCGGCUCCGGAGGAGGCGUAACCAGCGGAGGUGGCUCCGUUGCCGCAGGCACCAACGGAGGAGCUGGCCAUGUACCCGGCGGCAGCGGGAAUGAUCCGCAGCUAAGUAGCUCGCACAGCUUUGCGAACAUCUCCCGGCAGACAUCGGAGAGUGCUCCGGGCCUGGGCAACUAUGUGACCUACAUGGACCAGAAUGUGUUCGUCAAGCUGGCCAAGAGCAGCAGCACGGCCACUGGAGCCGCUGUGCCCGGCCCGGGAGCGGGUGUGCCAAGCAACCGCAAGGACAACAGCCAGGAGAAGCCAAUGCUCCGUUUGAAGCUGGCCAGCGUGGGCAAGGAGGCGCCGCUGGUCUCGCUCUGCCUGGCCCUGGGCCUGCUGGCCCGCCGUUCCCUGGCUACAGCCUCGCACAGCUCGCUGACCGGCGUGGAGUACUUCCUGCACGGCCUGCAUGCCCUGUUCAAGGGUGACUUCAGGAUCACCUCGCCGCGCGACGAGUGGGUUUUCGCGGACAUGGAGCUGCUGCACUCGGUAGUGGCGCCGGCGGUUAAGAUGGCCCUGAAGCUACAGCAGGAUCACAUCACCAAUCCGGAUGAGUUUCUGGAUCCUCAUGCCCUCUACGAGGCCAUUGACAACUGCUCCAAGGAACUGGUCAUCUCCCACGAGGCGGAUCCCGUGUGGCGUAGCGCCGUGCUUCGCGGUGCGCCCAACCUCCUGGCCCUGCGGCAUGUGAUGGAGGACGGCUCGGACGAGUACCGCAUUAUCCGGCUAACCAAGCGCUUCCUCAGCUUCCGCGUCAUCAAGCUGAACAGGGAGUGCGUCCGCGGCCUGUGGGCCGGGCAGCAGCAGGAGCUGAUCUACCUGCGUAACCGCAACCCCGAGCGCGGCAGCAUCCAGAACGCCAAGCAGGCGCUGCGCAACAUCAUCAACUCCAGCUGCGACCAGCCCAUUGGCUACCCUAUCUACGUAUCGCCGCUGACCACCUCCUAUGCGGACACGAAUGCCCAGCUCUGCCAGGUGAUUGGUGGCGCCAUCACGCUGGACACCAUCAGGCAGACGGUGCUGGGCUGGUGGCAUCGCAUCCGGGAGCGCUGUCGACAAGGCUGCAGCUCGGGCUCGGCCUUGGAACCGCAUCCAGGCUCGGGACCCAUACAGCUUGGUGCCUGCAACUUUGGCAGCGGCGGCAGCGUGGUGGGAGCUGCCUCCACGGCCACCGGUGUGGGCGCCUCGGCGGGCUCUGGCCUGGGAGUGACUGCACCAGGCACGGCCAGCAGCACGGGCGGUGAAUCCGGGGACCUGGCGCCGGUUUUCAUCUCGGCACCACUCUACAACACCCUCACCGUGAACAGCUACUACAGCGUUCGGCCGGGCAAUGUGCCGGGCGCAGGCAAUCUGGGCGGCAACUAUGUCAGCGACAGCCUGGCGGUGGUCCGCGGCGGCCUGGCCGUGAUGCCCGUGAAGCCCACAUCCACCACGCUGAUUGCGGGCCUCCUAAACAGGGAGCGGGAUCAGGAGAUCUCCUCGGGCUCGGGACCCAGCGGAGCAGCGGCCAGGGCCACCAGCAGCAGUGGCGGAGUGCGCAGCCGGAGCCAGUUGCAGCAUCAGCAGCAGCAGAUGAGCAGCAGUCGGGGCAGGGACCACGAGCGUCGGGCCACGCUACCCAUUGCCAGCGGGGGAGCGGGCGGUGGGGAGUCCGGCAAGGAGCUGGUCACACCCCAGGCCCAGGUGGAGCAUGAGACAAGUCCGCGCAGUGCCAAGCUCUCCUCCUCAUCCUGCAGCCUGGGCCAUGGAAUGGGCGUCGGCCUGGGCAACAUCAUCACCACGCCGGGCGACUAUCCAAGGAAGACCAAGGGCCCCAUCUGCCUCACCUCCGCAACUCUGGGCGCCGGAGACUCUACCACGUCGAGCUCUGGAGCUACUGUGGGCACGGUAGCAGGUACUGGCACAGGACCAGGACUGGCAAGCAGCCGGAAGCCGCGCAUUGAUAUCUUCAAAAAGGUCAUCAUUGUGGACGACACGGGGAUCUACGACUGCCUGGACAUCAUCGAUGCAGUGGUGUGGCCCAGCGAACGGAUGCGCAACAAUGGCGGCCGGUUGUCAUGGAAGGACUGGGAGCCCAGUGCCGGCAUGGUCGGUCAUGUGGUGCACUGCUGGGCGCCCAACCACAAGGACAUGCGCUUCCGUUCUCAUGUCAACCGCUGCGUCUACCUGGUGGAGAUCGGUGAGCACUACGUGCCCGUGGAGGAGCUGGGCCUGCGGGAGUACAACCAGAUCAUGGGCAGCUCCGAGGAGAUGGCCAACUCGCGGCGCAGCUCCUUCCAGCGUGAGUUCCAUGAGUACAAUAUGCAGCUGAAGCUGGCCGGCCUCACGCCCAUUAUAGGGGGCAGUGGAGGUUCCGGCACCACCACAACGGGGGCAGGAGGUGACACCACUGGCCCCUCAAAAUCCCACAAGGCCAAGAUCCGAGCGGUGAGCAGCAGCAGCUCUGAGGACGAGGAGGAGGAGGACUCUCCCGCCACGCAUGCCAUUCCCCUGCAGCCGCGUGACCUGAUGAACUUCAACCGACUGGUGAACAUGUGGAAGGUGAUAGCGGACAACAACAAGCGAAGCCUGGAGGAGGUGGGCGAGCUGUCGCCAGAGCUGCUCCAGAAGCUGGACAAUGCCGUGGCCGCUUACCGGCAGGAGGAGUUAUCAGACGAGGAGACGGCAGAGGCCACCGACACGGUCACAGUCACAGUCACUGCCAACGAAGCUGAAGAAGAGGCCCAGCAGGAACUAGAAAAGGACAAGGACAUGGAGAUGGAGAUGGAGCCAGAACCUGUGUCGCCAACAGAACCCGUAACCGAACCUGAGCUCGUAGCCGAGUCCUUGAGGGAGCCCGAAACCUCAACCGAAGCCGAUAACCAAACCGAUGAGAGCCCUUUGCAAGAGGUGACCGUCUCCCGGCCAGAGGAGCAGCCAAAUCCAGCCACACCUCCGCCUAGCCCCGUUCCUGCAGAGCUGCUGACUUCCAGCUCCAGCUCCAAGUCGAGUUGCCACUCUCUGAGCCAGGAGGGGGAGAAUGAGGAGCCGCUAGAGGAGCAGGAGGCAGCAGCGACGCCCGAGGAGGUUACCCACAGCAAUGGUGGCGAGGAAACGGCCUCAGGAACGGGGACAACGGUUUAGGCUGAACAUCAUCUGCAU